AUGGGGACAGUGCUGUCUAUAUCCCCUACAUCAAGAAAGGGGGCUAUUUUGGACGAAGGAGCAGAAUGUAGACAUGAGAACAGCGGGAAGAUAGAGAAAGGCCUUAAGAAACAGUCGGUGGUGGUAUCGACACUUACAUGGAGGAGGCUAGUAACUGCAUCAGCAAAGAAGAAGAGUGCCAAGAAAGUUAACCCGAAUCCUCCAGUGCCUCAGACCAGGGACAGCCGUGUUGACCAGCUGAAUAAUGAAAAUCUGAAGAAAUCUCUGCUGCCGACUGCAGACCGGAAAGCAAAAGCGGUACCUCUCGCUGUUCCAAUACCUACAGUUCCAGCACAGAGCCUUCAGCCUGAUAAAACACGGACAGCUUCACCAGACGCAAAGCAGCUCGUAUCUGUCCAAAGGCAGUCAAGCAGCAGAUCACUGAUCUCUCCGAGGCGCGUUAUUGUUCAGGCUUCAACCGGAGAGCUGUUGCGUUGCCUCGGGGAAUUCAUUUGUCGGCGAUGCUUCAAACUGAAAGAGCUCAGUCCUAAUGAAGUUAUUCUUUGGUUCCGGAACGUGGAUCGGAGCCUCCUUUUGCAAGGCUGGCAGGACCAGGGUUUCAUUACUCCAGCUAAUUUGGUGUUCGUGUACUUGCUUUGUAGGGACACAGUCACCGAUGAUAUCGAAAAUCAACGUGAACUCCAUGGCAUCUUCCUGACCUGCCUCUAUUUGGCUUACUCUUACAUGGGUAACGAAAUUUCGUAUCCGCUGAAGCCUUUCAUGGUAGAAGCAAAUAAGGAAGUGUUUUGGGAGCAGUCCUUAGAUGUGAUUGAUAAAAUGAGUUGUAAAAUGUUGCAGAUUAAUACUGAUCCACACUUUUUCACCGAGGUUUUCCAGGACCUCAAAAAUGAAGGACAAUCGAAGAAAGAUGCAAAUGAUGUGGAGCGUUAA